AUGACAGCACCAGAGUCUUCAAUUUUGACUGCCUUACCUACGAAUACCAUACCAACUUCUUCGUUGAUACGUUCUGAUUCCCCAUUAUUGUCUCCAACCGACUCAGCAACAUCAGACAAUCAGGAAUACAAUAGUGGCUACCCAGACAAUAAAGAACCCUUUUCAAAUCUUCCAACGUCCGCCAGUUUUGGCAAUACUAUUUAUGCAGGUGCUGUCACUUUCGAAACACCCAAGAAAAGCAAAAGCAUGUACCCACUUUACCCAAUUCAAUCCAACGCCAAUGUUACCUUUAAGUGGGGAUAUACAGCAUUACGUGUGAGACCUGUUAAUCUAACGUUGGAUGCUGUGGGACCCAACUCUGUAACUUACACUAUAGCAAACUUGAACGGAUCAGCUACAGAAGCAACAUGGAAUUUAGCAUCUGUGCCAACAGAAACACCUUUGAUGAUGGGAUACUAUAAAGUACAGCUUUAUGAUCAACGUGGCUUGUCAGUAAAUUAUUCCCCAGGUUGGAUGAUCCCAUGCACAACACUUUCUAUCGGUCUUUAUUCAGUAGAUACAUACGAUCCUUUCACCACUUUGAAUAAUUACUGCCCUUUAUGCUUCUAUAAUGCUGGUACUUCCAUUCGUGGCGCGCUUGGGCCUAUUCUCGCAACUUUAGGUGUCGCACUGCUAACAUCUGUAAUCAUAUUGAUCAACAUAUUUAAUUGA